AUGAAAAAGCUCCUCAUAAGUAAGGAUUUGUCUCUUCCCCUAAAACUACGUCUAGUUAAAGGCUACGUUUUUCCGAUCUUACUGUAUGCUGUGGAGACCCGGACUCUGACGGAGACGCUAACGAGAAAACUAGAAGCAUUCGAAUUGUGGGUAUGCCGACGCAUUCUUCGUAUAUCCUGGACGAACAUGUCACCAGCAUAGAGGUACCCCAAAGAAUCGGAAAGGAGAAAGAAAUCGUGAAUACAAGGAGAAGACACUCGUGGCUCCAGAAUUUGCGGAAGUGGUUCGGGCUCACAUGGGUCGAACUAUUCAGAAACGGGCAGCGUGCUGCUACAACUGCUUAAAAUCAGGACACACAGCGGUGCAGUGCAAUAGCA